UGUGACACUUCAAUGUGGUUGUCUGUUCCAGGUUCAUAUCGAGAUCCACUGACGACCUUCCACCGACUGGCACAGGCGUGUCCUGGGGCCCGCCGCAGAAACGCAGCAUGAGGGACGGGACAGGGACUCUGGGCACCUGCCUCGCGGAAGUGCCGCCAGGGGACUCGGCCAAGCGACCGUGUGGCCUUCGAACACAGGAGAGCCCUCGCCCACCAGGCAUCCCUUCCUGGGCGAAGCAGCCUGCGGGUGAUGUUCAUGGAAAUUUACAAAAGGAGACGUUAUCAUUGGAAAUGAAAAGUGACCCGAGUGAGGCCUGGCUUCACAGUGGCACCAAAGCGCUUGCCUGUUUGAAAGAAUCAUUAAGAAGAAAUUCGGCUUCCCCGGCGGCUCGGGGCCAGACUGUGGAUCUGUUCUUUGCUCCUGCGGAGGACUGUUUUGCUGGGGUGUCCUGUGGUGUCGAGGCAGCCCUGGUGAGGGACUGGCUGGGAGGCGGGCCCAGGGCCACCAACAGCCACAGAGGCCCGUGCUGCAGAGGAGAGCCUGGGGGGGAAGGACUGCCAUGCGACUUGCGGUCAGGAACGGGCAUCUCUGCGGGCACACCGAGGGCUCUUCUGGAGGGGCGAGGCUCUGGCUGGCAUUCGGUCCUGUCCACAGCGCGGCCCGCGCGGCCUGAAGUACUCCCAGCGAUGGCAGCGCGUUUCCCGGGCUCUCAGAGCCCGCACUGCCCGAGCAGACAGAGCAAACCCCGGACCCCCGUGGACCUGCCAGGGCGCCGGCACCUCGGCUGGGCAGGCUUCUGAAGCAGCAGAGCCAUCAUGCCGCGGCUAAGGUACAAGCUGCACAAUAAAAAUAGUGAGAUUCCUUUACAAGUUGUCAUAGGAUUUCUUUCCAGUCUGCCUGAUGCGAACAGUGCAGCCGCGAGGUUUCUGCCCUGGUUUCUGUGUCCUGACGGACUUCAGCGAGUGGGACUGAAACUCAUGGAAAGCUGGUGACGUGGAAGGACAUUUCUGAGCGUGUUUUAAAUUGUGCUUGAAAGCCGUUCAGGAUCGGGAGACCGUUUCGGGGUGAACACGAUCAUAACCUGCAUAGAUGUCAGAUUAGACCGUAAAGAUGUGACAUAAAGUCCCUUACACACCAUCACCCACCCGAGGGGCUCCUUCCCGGACGCUGUCUCCCGGGCUGGCUGACCAUCUCCUGGAAGCGGGUGUUUGUGAUGUGGGGCCCUCCACCUGCUCGAGGCCUUGCUGAGAUGAUGUGCUGUCGGCAUUGCUGCAUUUUGUAGAAUCAUUUUGGUCGGGAGAAAAACUUGAUUUCUUUUCUCGCCUUCCUUUCCUCCCACUUGACAUGAAAUUUUAAUGGAGGCCCCACAGUGAAAGUUGCAGCAUCAAGCUCAGCCCUUCUCACACCGGGAACCCUAGCAGCGUCACCUGAUGAGACCAGGCAGAGAGGCACCUCGUGUUUGCCUGCGGCAGGCUUGCAGCUUUUAGGCGUGGAGGUACCUCUUGGCUAAGGUUUCCCUGAGGUCGCUCCUGUUUUGUUGUGUGCUGAUAACUUGGAUAAAGGUCACUUAGAAGUGUAAAUUUUUAAGGAGUCCCAAAGCCAGACAGCCAUUUCCGGGAUGAUGGAUUGCAUAUAUCAGUCUAUAUUGUGUGCUAGAUGCCAUGCCAUGUGCUAUUUUAGUGUUUUGGGAAAACGAUAAAUAAAAUCUGUUCUUUAGCACAA